AUGGGUCAGAGUGGCGGAAGGUUUUUAGCCCGACCCGUUUUGUCUGAACGGGUGGAAAAGAUACUUGUUUUGUUUGUGAUACAAUUAUCCAUUCCCGCGCCACCAGUACGCCACUUUACGGCCUCACGGGCCAAAAUGUCCGUCUUCUUCCUCUCUGCACCGCCGUCAAUCUGUGUCUCACCGUUAACACACCGCCCUGCCACCACCAUCACCUCCUGUUUCUCUGUUCAAACACUCUCACCACUCUCGCAGUCAUUACCGUCACCUCCAUCAUCAUCAUCAUCAUCAUCAUCAUCAUCAUCUCGACCGCCGUCAUCAAAUUCUUUGCUUCCAAAUCCUAACGUAACUCCUAUCUCCUCCUCAGGAUGUUCACUCAAUUGUCCUCACUUCGAGUCGUGUUCAGGCUGUACUCACGAGGAUAAUCUCCACCGUCCGGUUAUUUUAGGAGAGGCUACUACCUUCUUCAAAAAGCUCGGUGUCUCCGAUUUCACUUUUGAUACUUGUAGGCUGUGGGGAUGGAGGUGCCGUGCUAAACUUGCCAUACGGGGGUCAUCAACUGAUCCUCUGAUAGGGCUUUACCAAGAGGGCACACACAACGUAGUGGAUAUACCUGAUUGCAAAGCUCAUCAUCCAAGCAUAAAUGCUGCUGUGGAGCUUCUGAGAAAAGGUAUAAAGAUUUUGAACAUCGAUCCUUAUGAUGAAGAUGAACGGACUGGUUAUUUGAGAUAUGUUCAGAUGGCUGUCACUACAUACAACACAUCUCUCCCUGCUUCUGAAAGAUAUAGAAGUGGUAGAGUACAAGUUUCUUUAGUUUGGAACUCACGUAGCGAAACUUCAGCAAGUUCAGAAAAGUUGAGCGACUUGGCUACAUUUUUGUGGAGAAAUGGCGGGCCGAACAGUAAAGUUCAUUUAAUUCACUCUGUUUGGGCAAACUUCCAAACAUCGACUAACAAUGUAAUUUUUGGAAAUAGAUGGAGGCAUCUAUUAGGAGAAAGAGAUUUCUGGGAGCAUGUUGGAGGAAUUGAUGUCUAUUUGGCUCCAUCAAGCUUCGGCCAAGCGAAUACAAGGGCUUUUGAUUCUUUGCUUCAAAAACUACAUAGAUAUGUCCCUCUUGGUUCAUCGGUUACUGACUUAUAUGCUGGAGCUGGAGUCAUCGGAUUGUCACUAGCUUCCACAAGAAAAUGCAGAUCAGUUAGAUGCGUUGAGAUCAAUAAAGAAUCAAAGCUAGCUUUUGAGAAGACAAUUGAACGGUUACCAAGCUCCAUUGAUAGCAACAUUAGCUGGCAUCUUGCUGACACGUCAAUUGAACCACUUUCUUGGCUUGUGGGAUCGGAAGUUCUUGUGGUUGAUCCUCCUAGAAAGGGGCUUGACCCAUCUUUGGUUAGUGCUUUACAGGCCAUUAAAUCUGCAGAGCGUAAAGCUAUGACACUUGAAAGCCCAACCUUCAAGGCGAAAGAUGAAAAGAGACCUUGGAUUUUACGAGCAAGAGAGGAUUCAAUUGAGAUUCCGAGCAGAACCACACAAGAAGAAAGUCGAUCACUACCUCAAACGCUUAUAUAUAUAAGUUGUGGAUGGGAAAGCUUCAAAGAGAAUUGUACGGCAUUACUGUCAAGUAAGGCCUGGCAUUUGAGUAAGGCCCAUGGUUUCAAUUUCUUCCCUGGUACCCAGAGCAUUGAAAUUUUGGCCAUAUUUAAGCGAGGGCCUGGAGCAAGUGUGAAGAAAAAGAAAUCCUCAAAGAAGAAGAAGAAGAAGAAUAAAACCUUCUGAGGAACAAUCAUUUAUGCUUGCCUCUUGUAACAUAAAAAGGGAGUUCAUUCAAGUAGGACAUCUGGUCGGUGGUUGCGUAAUGAAAACAUGGGAGGAUGGAUUUCUCAUCCUUGAAAAGAUGUUAUCAUUAGAUAUAAGCUAUUCUAUGUAUGACCAACAAAAUGAUGCAAUCUAUAAGCGUUGAUAAUCAAAAUCAUCUUCUAUUCUGUGUUGUCUUGCUUCCUUUCUUUAUUAAAUUUUGUAAAGGAAUCAAGUAUUGAAAAUGAAGAAUACGAUAAAUACAUGGAUUUAUUUGAAGCUCU